CUUAACAUUAGCAGUGUUAUGUCUUCAAUCCGGUUUCGCGACAGACGGACCAGUCUACUCUGUUGUUUGUGAGCGACAAGACGUGUGGUUUAACAAAAAGCUAUUUGUUUUUAUUUUUAACGCAUUUCGAUAACAUCGAUCCUAAGUAAAUAGUAUGGUGCUCUGCCUACCUUAAACCAAAGAAGUAUCUAAACAAAAUGAAACCAAUCGUUUUCUGGUUAUUCACCUUUGUGGCGAUCGUUAGAGGUCAAAGAGAAGGAGAAUCCUGUAUCGACCAGUAUGCCAACACUAUCGGCAGGUGCACAGUGGUAGACCAAUGCCAGUCGGCUAAGCGGGACUUUCAGUUGAACGGUAUACGCCCUACCUUCUGCUCGUAUACUACGUUCGGUGCCGCGACAGUGUGCUGUCGUGAUGGCAGCAACAUUCUGCAGACACCCUCCACAAGAAUUGGGGAUCAACGGCCUAUAUGGGGUAAUGCUGAUGGAGGAACCAGCUACGGAAGAAGAGUGAGCGAAAGAAAAUGCGAAGAGUACAGCAAAGCAGUCGUAGAAAAGGUCCCCUAUAUUCCAUUGAUUCCCAACCCUGAGCCAUUCACAGUGUCUGCAGCAAAAUGUGAUUACACUGGUGUGGAACUUAUAGUCGGAGGGGAAAACGCAAACCCUGGAGAAUUCCCGCACAUGGCAGCAGUGGGCUGGGCGACUUUCGAAGGUACCUACAAGUUCAGCUGCGGGGGCAGUCUGAUUAGUCCACGUUUUGUGGUCACAGCCGGGCAUUGUAUCAGGGACCCCAGUGCUCAAAACCCUGAGCCGGUGAUAGUGAGGCUCGGAGACCAGAACAUUGAUAGCAAUGUCUACGAUGGAGCUAACCCUAUUGAUGUAGCCAUUCGCAGAAUCCACAAGCACCCUGACUACCGUCCUCCGAAGGUCUACAACGAUAUAGCAUUACUGGAGCUGGUGUCUGAUGUGAAGUUCAGGACAGAAAUCAGACCAGCUUGCUUGUGGUUCCAGCAAGAUCUGAGAGGGCACGAGAAAGUCAUUGCUACUGGAUGGGGAGUUGUAGAUACACGAACCAAGCAGAGUGCAAAGGAAUUACAGAAGGUAUCCCUCUCAGUCCUCGACGAAGGCUUCUGCAAUGAGACCCUGAAGUUCUUCUUCAACCGCAACUGGCCUGACGGGUUCCAGCCUACUCAGAUGUGUGCUGGUGAACUCAGUGGGGGGAAGGAUACUUGUCAGGGUGACUCCGGCUCUCCUCUCCAAGUAGUAUCGAAGGACAACUCCUGUAUCUUCCACGUGGUGGGAGUGACGUCAUUCGGUCGGAACUGUGCCGACAAGGGCCGACCUGCUGUGUACACCAGGAUCGCUAGCUAUGUCGACUGGAUUGAGAGCGUUGUGUGGCCCGGAGAAUAGAAUAAAUGAAUAAAAAAAUG